UUUUUGGACUGAUGAUAAUGAAAUAGUAUGUAGAUAAAUUAUCGAAUCUUUUCGCUAUAAUCUGCCUUGAAUAAAGAAAUAUUAAAAGGUCAACAAGAAUCUUUCUGACACUCGUGAACGCCGAGACUUUUGAGGGAUCAUCCGAAUUCUCAGUGCAACUUGACAAGUUAUCAUCAUCAUCAUCUCCCAAAAUCACAAUCAAACCAAACCACAUCCUCCAGUCUCCAGAUUCGUCGCAUCGGAGAGAAGAAAAAGAUGGCGGUAACUAUGAAACAGAUGUCGUUGAUCGUCUCCUUGUUUGGCGUCUUGUCGUUUAUUCUUGGAGUCAUCGCUGAGAACAAGAAGCCUGCGUCUGGGACUCCAAUAAAUGGAAAGGGAGUAGUUAUCUGCAAAUACCCAUCUGAUCCAACUGUUGCCUUGGGUUACCUCUCUGCUGCCUUUCUCCUUGCCUGCACCGUAGCUGGUUACAAAUCCUUGUUCAUCUCUUACAAGGGAAGGUCUGUUCCCAACUCUGUCUUGUUCAAAAGCACCACCUUCUCUGUCUUCUUCAACAUCGCCUUGAUAACAUCUGGACUAGCAUUGUCUCUGUUGCUAUGGCCAACCAUUACAGAGCAACUUCACUUGACCCGUAACGUUCACCGGAACUUAGAGACCAGCUGCCCCACGGCUAAGACCGGCCUCCUUGGUGGAGGCGCCUUUGUGUCACUGGACUCGUGCCUUUUCUGGUUGGUCGCUUUGAUGCUCGCUGAUAACGCCCGUGAAGACCAUUUUGAUGAAGCUGAUAGCAGAAACGGCGAUGGAAACUCUUCCUCCAGGGAUGUUAAUCUCAAGAUUGAUGCUUGAGUGAAUAAUCUUCAUCUGCUUACUGGUAUUGGAGUGUACUUAAAGUGUUUUUAUUCUACUGCUUGUUUGAUUAGGAAAAUACAAAUAGUUUCUUCUACCUGUUUUUAAAUACAUAUGAUUUUAAAGAUUCUAUGAAGCAGCUUAAUGCACUGCGAUUCUUAAAGUUGUAUAUAUAUGUCUACUCAAGUCAGAUUCUUGAUCAAAUAAUCUUUUUUUAUUUGGUUUUA